AUGAAGACGAAGAAAGAGGAAAUCGAAUUCGUCGAUGGUCCAGUUGAUGAUACCCAGUCAACAGAGUCGGCGUCAGUAGCAGGAUCAACGCCUACGGAGCCCGAGACGACAGCAGAGCACCCGACCCUCACUCAACCUCUUCCGCCACCUGCCACUUUCACCAUCCGCACCAUCACCGCAUCCGCACAACCGCAGCCGCUAACCACACUCACGCCAAUCACACAUUCAGCCAGACCUCUACCCACGACGACAAGAGACAAGGAUGACGAUCCGGGGAAGACGAAGGAUAGGGAUAAGGAUAGGGAUGGGAAGCAUGAGAAGACGGACUCAGCCUCCGUCACAGAUGGAUUCACGACCGUCACAACGUCUCUCAAUAGCACUAUCGCCAUAACAACACCAACACCCACCGCCGUCUUCGCCAGCGCUACGUCUAGCGUGUUGAUUUCAGCCACGGCGAGCCCAGCUAUUAACAACGGAGCUGCUCUACAAGGAGCACAACAGAAGGGCACCAGUAGCGGGCACAUGUCUGGGGGUGCAAAGGCUGGCAUCGCCAUUGGAGUUGCUGCCGGCGUGUCCAUGCUCGCAAUCGUCCUCUUUUGGCUCAUCAAAUGCUUCUGUUCACGCAAAUCCGAAGCAGACACCGAGUCUUCCAUCCGCGCCUUUCUUUCGGGUGGAAAGUCCGGUCCCGGUAACGGUGGCCUGCCACCCCCAGCCACUGCUGCAGGCGCAGGCGCAGGCCAGCUCUCGUCCAACUUUGACCCGCGCAGCAACUCCCAGAUCCUCGACGAGCUGAUCGCCGCUUCGUACGCCCACCAAAAUGGCCAAGACAGCAGCAUCCCCAACGGCUACGUCCUCUCCGAUGAGAAGCAAGUCGACGGAGCCUACCCCGUGACCAUCAUCCAGCCCGCGCCUACCCAUCAGCCCGAAAUUCGCAAGUCCGUCGCCAGCUGGCUGCGCAAACACCAUCCCCUGAAGCUGAACCCUCUUUCCAUCAGAGGUAGCACCUUCUCGGCCUUUAGCAGCCGGCGCGCCUCAUCAGCCUACGGCAGCUCCCAACAAGGAGGAGGAGGAGGAGGAGGAGGAGGGGGAGCACGUGACUCCAUGGUUUCUGAUUAUCCUUCUCCCACCUCUUACGACCCGGAUGCUCCCCCCUUGCCGGAAAUCCCCGCUACGUAUUUUAACGAGAUCCCCAAGCCACUGAGUCCGAUGCCCAAGAAGCUGCCGACUGCGGCGGCAAAUAUGAAGGCUAUGAAGUUCCAGAGCGUGUGGUCGGAUAGUAGUGCGGGGACGGAUAUGGAUCGGUCGAGGAUGACGGUUUCGACGGAGGGGAAUGAGUCGUUGUUUAACUUGUAUGAGGGCGGUGAUGGCCAGGUAAGGGUCCCGUCGCAGGUUGUGACUUCGUUGUCGCCGCCGCCGCCGCCGCAUUUGAUGAAUAAGGAUCAGGACCAGGGACAUGAUCAGGGUCAGGGCCAGAGGGCGAGUUCGCCUACUUUGAGGCCGUAG